UGGCCACUAGCCUAUAUGAAGGCCCAAAAUUGUGUGUUCCUUUCUGCUCUGACAAUGGCAUGCCCAUUCUUGCGAGAUGUGGUGGAUGAAGAAGCACUUGUGCUGAGGAGAGCCUUCAGGCGAGAAAGGGUCUUCAGGGACCGGUUGGACCCACUGGCCUUCCCUGAUGACCAUCUAUAUGAAAGAUACAGGUUUUCUGCAGAUGGCAUCCGGUAUCUAUGCAGACUACUGGGUCCCAGGAUUAAGCACCGCACUGCACGGAGCCAUGCACUGAGUGUGGAGCAAAUGGUUUGUGUGGCCUUGCGCUUUUUUGCUAGUGGAGCCUUCCUGUACUCAGUGGGGGAUGCAGAACAGCUGAACAAGGCCACAAUUUGCCGCACAAUAAGGAGUGUGUGUCUGGCUAUCAAAGCAUUAGCAGAUGUCUUCAUCUCCUUCCCUGGCCACAGAAGACUCUGUGACAUGAAAGAGGAGUUCUAUAGGAUUGCAGGUUUCCCCAAUGUCAUUGGUGCAGUGGACUGCACACACAUAAGGAUAAAAGCCCCCUCAGGUGCCCAUGAGGCCGAUUUUGUGAAUAGGAAAUCCUUUCACAGCAUUAAUGUUCAGAUGGUCUGCAAUGCUGACUGUGUGAUCAGCAAUGUUGUGGCAAAAUGGCCUGGCUCAGUCCAUGACUCCAGAAUCUUUCGGGCCUCUGAAAUCUAUCAGUGCCUAUCACAAGGUGAAUUCUCUGGUGUGUUGCUGGGAGACAGGGGGUAUGGCUGCCAGACUUUUCUCCUGACACCUUUCACAGACCCCCAGGAAGCACAUCAGGCCUACAACCAUGCCCAUGCCAGGACCAGGGCCAGAGUUGAAAUGACCUUUGGCCUCCUGAAGGCACGCUUUCACUGCCUUCACAAAUUAAGGGUCAACCCUGUUAGGGCAUGUGAUAUUACUGUGGCUUGUGCUGUCCUCCACAAUGUGGCCUGCCUGAGGAAGGAGAGGGCCCCCAGAGUGCCACCAGCCAUGGACUGGGACAAUCCGGCAAUCUUCCCUGAUGACGACAGUGGUCGGCUGCUGAGGGACCAAUAUGUGUUGAAUUAUUUUAGUUAGUAUGUGUGCUUUCAAUUUAGGUAAAAAAUGUCCUGCUGUGGCAGAGGAAAUAGGGUUUUUUUGGGUUGGUUUUUUUACGAAUUUGGCCUCUUAUGAUGUUUGUGCGGUAUACUGUGUGUAAUACAAGGCUGCAGGGAGGCUACUGCAUCCAUUCAUUUGUCUGUUCAGUUGAUGUGUAUCGAUUUGUCCUGCAUUUAUUUUAGUGUGCAGACAUGCAGGGUGUGUUAUAUACAGACCUUUUGAAUGUGUAUGUAUCAUUUUGUAUAAUAUGCUUUGAUUCUGUGCUUUCCAUCUUGUAGAGUCACUGUGACUUCAGUUUCGAAAGGAGCUGAUAGUUUACCUGCUUUUUUUUGUACUUAUUCAAUAAAGGAACAUAAUGUUACACAUUGUGUUUUUAUAUUCAUA